ACGUGAACGUCCUCUGCUGUCCCCAGCCGGGUUGUCCCUAGCUGUCCCUCCAUCAGAAUGGCUGGUGUAGCAGGAAGGUUUGGUAAAAGUGGUUUGCUUCGGCUACAGAAUGGUUUGCUAUUAAAUAAGGCUCAUGCUUCUAGUUUUAGUGCGCUACCCAAGGGGAAGAAAAUCUUUCUCACCUCUGCUGGCGCUGUUGGUGCUGGUUUAGCAAGCCUUAUCUACGCUUUAAAUGAGUCUGUGAAGGCUGGAGAACUCGAGCUACAUGCUGCAAAGUUGCCCUGGCCACACAAAGAGUCUUGGAUCAGCUCCUAUGACCAUGCAAGUAUUCGAAGAGGUUAUGAAGUGUACAAGCAAGUAUGUGCAGCUUGCCACAGCCUGAAGUUCAUUGCCUACCGUAACCUGAUUGGAGUAUCACACACAGAAGAUGAGGCGAAGACUGAAGCGGAAUCGGCACAAAUUAUAGAUGGACCUAACGAACAUGGCGAAAUGUUUGAGAGGCCUGGGAAGCUCUCAGACUAUUUCCCAUCUCCGUACCCCAAUGAUGAAGCUGCAAGAGCAGCUAACAAUGGUGCUCUUCCACCUGACCUCAGCUUCAUCACAAAUGCCAAGCAUGGCGGAGAGGACUACAUUUUUUCUCUGUUGACGGGUUAUUGUGACCCACCAGCAGGAGUGACAAUGCAAGAAGGCCAGUACUACAAUCCCUACUUCCCAGGAGGAGCCAUUGGCAUGGCCCAGGCUCUCUACAACGAGGCCCUGGAAUACACUGAUGGCACACCGGCCACCGCUAGUCAGAUGGCUAAGGAUGUCACUACUUUCCUCAGGUUCUGCACAGAGCCUGAACAUGAUGAUCGCAAGCGUAUGUUCAUCAAGGGCUGGAUGAUAUUGUCACUGCUGCUCGUUGCAAGCUGGUACAUGAAACGGUCGAAAUGGAUGACAAUCAAAACACGCAAAAUACUUUUCAAGCCCAAGAAGUAUGAAUAGUGCAUUGACUGUUCUUGUGCUCUCUCCAGUCAGACAGUAGAUCCUAGCUGUUUGCCUACAACCUUUGUUGGGGAAUAAAACAUGUAAAACAGCGGAA